GUAUCCCCUUUGUGUUCAAAUUAUCCGUGUAUUCUGAGCUGGUCAAAAUUAGAAUUGAGUUUUUUUCGAUAUCAUUUUCAUCAGUCGUUUUUUAAGAUCGAUUUGACUUUGGAAAUUUCAAAUAUUCUGAGGAUUCAAUGUUCAAUUUUGGUGUGUAGAAUGAAAUUUGGAACCAGUUUAUUAUGUGAUAUUAGUUUAUCGGUAACACCUUAGUAUUUGUAGAAUUACCAUGUCUAUGGUUGUUUUAUAGGGGUGUGAAAUUCAGUUAACUGUUAUACUUCCUCUCCUGUCAUUAGUUUGAUUGAUAAUCUAUAGAGAUUCCAAUUGGAAACCCUAAUUGUGUCAUUAGUUUGAUAGAUAAUUGAUAGAGAUUCUAAUUGGAAACCCUAAUCCUUUCCUAACUGCAGUAGCAUGUUAGGAAUUUGCUUUAAGUAUUUUUUAUGAGACACACCAAUGUGAUUUAGUAUUGUAUAGUGGUAGUUGUCACAGCUAAUGAAUGUUGGAAUAGUUCUGAUUAGGAUGAUCUUUGCGGCUAUGUAACAAAUAGAACUAACUUCGCAAAAUAGUGUAUAGUCGGUUGCUCAUUGUGCAACCAGGGAAUUUUCUAUUAUAGCUUAGUGAUGUCUUUACAAUGGCCUCUGAGGCUUGAGUGGAGAUGAUCCAGCAGUUGAGUUGAAGUUACUUCAUCAUGUAGGUUUUCCUAACCAAAAAGCAGGUCAUUCUAAAAAAAUUACCGCAUUAGGCACUGGUAGUAACAUUUGGUAAAAUAAUUCAUUUUAGUACCUGCAAUAAAUGGUGAAAUGAAUCAUUCAAACACCAUUUACUUCCAGGCAGUGUAUUAAAGGGGAACAAGUUCUAGAAUGGGGUGAUUUUCAGUGAGGAUGAUUCACAUGUCGCGUAAAAAAUCUCAACCGGAAUGAUCCUUUGGAUCAUCUCCUAAUAAAGAUCAUCAGUCGUAUUAUCCACUCGGUUUCAGUUUUUAAGGAAAGGUUGGAUAGAGACGGAGGAGGCAUUAACAGAUUAUGAGACCCUAGAAUGAGAAUUAGUUAAGUUUCAGGAAGAUUGUGGUAUCCAGACAUCUGAACCAGUUUUUGGUACAGUUAAAACCUUAAUAGGAGAAAAAGAAAAUAAAUUGUGAUGAAACCGCAGAAAGAUGCUCGAUGUUUUUCUUGAUUUCGAAUUCCUUGUAUUAGAACUUUUCUGGCAUAUUUUGCUGGCCUUUGAUACCAUUGCAGACGAAGUAGUUGAAUUUUGUCAGGUUUUUAGCUUCAUGGUCGAAGGAUUUGUUCGGUACAUCUCCUUUCGGAUCUUUAUAACUUAGAGGUUAUUGUUGUUGUCCGGGAUAUGAAGAAUCGGCGAGAAUGAAUGGUUUUCUUUAGGCGUGCACGAGGUCUGGUGUAUUCUAGUUAGUUUAUCACACUUGGCCGAGUUACUGUUAGUCAGUUAUAACAUCAUGAGUUCAGUCCAGAAAUCUGUUUACUAUUGCUGUGUUUCAAAGGGAAACCGGAUUCUCUACUCUUACACCUGUGGAGAUAAUGAGAUCGAAACUUUAGCAGCUAUGUGCUUAGAAAGAUCUCCUCCUUACCACGUCUGGUACUCUCAGACCAUUAGGAAAAGGACUUUUGGCUAUCUAAUGGAGGAUGAACAUAUAUACUUCACAAUUGUGGACGAGGGUCUUGGAAAUCCGGGGGUCCUUCAGUUUUUAGAACAUAUAAAGGAUAAAUUUAAGAAGAUUACAAGAGAUACGAAGAAUGGCUUAAAGGGAAGUAUGUCGGGAUUAAAUUCUGUUUGCCUCCAAGAACAAAUGGUUCCUGUUAUUCGGAGCUUGAUAUCAUCAUUAGAGCAGGUAUCUCAAUCAAGAUGUAAUUGGAUGGGUGAGAAUCCAUCAUCACAUCCAGGUCCAUCUCCAUCUCCAUCUCCUGAAGGUAAUCCGAACAACCAAGCGGAAGGAGCCACAUCUACGAAGAUGCCACUUUUGGGAAAACCUAACAAGCAUGACAGGAAGAAAAUGAAGGAUAGGAUAGUGGAGGUUGCCGGUGGUUCUGAUGAACAACGGAGAUCUACAGAUCGAGGUGUAAAGAUUGAUGUUGGAAGUAUUGAAGCUAAUAGCCAAGGUCUGGCAAUGUCGAUACAAAAGUGUUCAAACUCAGCGAGAAUCAAAACAAGCCGAGAACAUGCACGUAGAGUGUGGUGGCGCCAAGUUCGAAUUAUUAUUGCUAUCGACAUACUUGUGUGCUUAGUCCUAUUCGGGAUUUGGUUAGGGAUUUGCAAUGGGUUCCACUGCAUUUCUAGCUAGUCCAAUGUAUAAUUCUCACAGCUUCAGGAGAUGAUACGGAUCAAACAAUGUCUUGAAAACUGGGCUUCUUUGCAGAACUUGGAAUUGCCUAUUGCUGGGUAUGGUGCAUAUGAACUCUGACCCUUGUAGUCGGUACCUUCUGAAAAUAAUUGUCUGUACAGUCUUGUCAUAGUUUUUCAUACAUUUAAUGUCUUCACACACAGAGAGAGAGAGAGAGAGUUGUAUGGGUAUUAUUUGGUUUGUUGGAACAAUAGAAGUAUUGUGAUAAUUCAAUCUCUCUACUCAUUUGCAGUAAUAUUCUGUGGUGUUAUUUGAUCCA